UUAUUUUUUUAAAAAACACCUAUAUGCAUAAUCCGAAUAUCAGGUUCCAGCCCAUCACCAAGCCAGCUAUAAAAUAAAACUAUCUGCCACAGAAAUAUCACAUGAGAGAGAGAGAGAAUGAGGGCAAGCCAGAGUUUGAUUUCACUAGCCUUAGUUCUACCCCUGGUGGUGAUGAUCCAGAUAACAUCAGGUCAGAGCUUGAUCAACUCUACCUGCCUAGACUCAGCAAGGGACGAUCCAAACAUCGACUAUGCCUUCUGCACAAGCUCCCUGCAGGCAGCCCCCGGCAGCCACUGCGCCACCCUGCAGGGGCUCAACAUCAUCUCCAUCACCCUCCUUCAAAACAACAUAACCGACACGCACUGUUUCAUCAAACACCUCAUCAGUAACACCGGGGAGCCAUACCUGAGGGAGUGCCUGAGCGACUGCUUGGAGAUUUUCUCCGACGCCAUCCCUUCCGCAAAAGAGGCCAUGAGACACUUCACGAUGAAGAGGUAUGACGAUGCCAACAUGAAGAUAAGUUCCAUCAUGGAAGGUGCUACCACCUGUGAGGAUGGCUUUAAGGAGAGGAAAGGUCUGGUUUCUCCUCUCACCAACAGAAACCACCAUGUUUUCGAGCUCUCUGCCAUCACCUUGUCUCUUAUGCAUGUUAUACAAACUAGAUCAGGUUGAUGCAUAUAUCAUAGAAUUUUCAUG